AUGGGUGAAAAUACAACAGAAAGAGGAUGGAUGAAAAUUGGUCAUGGUGAUUCAAUCGCCUAUAAACAACAGCUCAAUCAAUGGGAAUUCAACCAAAGUAUCUUAAGUCAACAUCACGAAAAUUACGGUCUACCUUCAAAUCUAGAAGAAUUGGAUGAAGAUCAACUUGAUAUACUGAAAGAUCUAAUAUCACAUUCUUCUUCUUCUUCUUCUUCAGCAUCUUCCACUCAAGUCUCAGUAAGCAGUAUCAAACCUGUCAGUCCGAUAUUUGAAGAAGUAUUACAUAUAGAUUUAUUCAUCAAAGAAUGUCCGAUAACAUGCAAGAAUUUCAAACAUUUACUUCUUGGCGAUAAAGGAAUAUCUAAAAUAUCCAAUAAACCACUACAUUACAAGAACGUAAGGAUACACCGACUUGUAAAGGAUUUUAUAAUACAGGGAGGAGAUAUCACUCGAAAUGAUGGAUCGGGAGGAGAAUCCAUAUAUGGACCGAAAUUCAAUGAUGAGAAACCGGGAUUGAAGAAGCAGUUUGGAUAUGGUACGAUAGCUAUGGCCAGUGGAAGCAGUAAGAAUUCAAAUUCAAGUCAAUUCUUCAUAUGUCUCAUACCGAAUAUUCAAGAUGGAGAUACUAAAGAGGAGAAAGAGAGGAAGAAGAAGCAAUUCGGCAAGUUGGAUGGGAAGUAUGUGGUAUUCGGACAAGUUAGUAAAGAAAGUUUGGGGUUGUUAGCUAAAUUGAAUGCGUUAGAGGUUAAAGAUGGAGGGGAUGGGUUAGAAGGGUGUUGGAUAGAUGAUUGUGGGAUUGUAUAG